AUGUCUGAUAGGGAAAGCGCUAGCUUAGCCUCCAAAAAGCGCAAUGGCGAGGAGGACUAUGACAAGCCUAGCGGUCAAUCUAAAGAAAGGCACGACCAGCAUCUUGGGAACAAAUACGAUGAUUGCUCAAUUCAUAGAGAGGUCAGAGACCCCAGUGCCCCUCGCAUUCGCUGGCGAGCAAAUUCCAAGUCCAUGCAAGACAUCGCUCGAGCACCGCCACGAGAAGAUAUCCGCACAGAAUGGGAUAAGACCCAAAAAGAGAGCCAAUCGCAUCGGCCCACUAUGCCAUAUGCACACGAGUCCACUGAUAUCGCCGAUGAACCUCGUAGGCCACAACAAUACUCGCCGGUGUCCCAGCAGACCGAGAAUAUAGCGCCGGACGAACAGGCCCCCCCGGAACAGCCAUUAGAAAAUGAUCCGGAGCGGAGAAAUGUUCCAGGUACCAUGACUCCAUCUUCGGUACGAGAGCGAUGGCAUUCAGUAUCUUCGAGCUGGUCGCGCAAAGCUUCAGCUCUAGCCAAUCGAUUAGGUCGGUCAGAGCAUGGAGGUGAUGAUCUGACAUCUGGUGUCUACCAUGGAGACUGGGCGACCGGUAACGCAGUGCCUGAGUCUGAUUUCACCGACAACAAGCAUAAAACGGAUGAAGAGAAGCAUGCACACCAGGCAGAUAGCAGUUCCGAGGCCCAUCGAUUAGUGCGCGAUCUGACGCAAGACCACUCGUCACAACGACGGAAAGCUCGAGGGCGACCAUAUGGUGCGGGACCCGGCAAGGACUAUGUCGGUGAAGAGCACGAGUCGGCUAUUGGUUCCGGUCUCCGAUAUCGUUCUGGCGGUGGCGGUGUUCUUUCGCAGUUGAUGAAGCUAAAAGGACAAGGACAGCUACCGCAGGAUGGAAAGAAAUCGCGGACUUCCAGUCAGUCGUCAAGUGAAUCGCAAGCUAGCUCUGCUUCUGGGGCCUCUGCUUCCAGUUCGGGGAGUGGUCCAACAGGGAAGAAGGCAAAGCCCGUUAAGUGGUAUAAGAAGCCUCCCAACACUUCGACAUCUGUUCUGAUUGGGGGCGCAGGUAGUUCGAAUGGAGCGAGCACACCGGUCUCUAGUGAAGUGAUUGGUGCGGCGGAGAAGCGACAAGGAAAGCAGUCGAAUCGCAAAGUGAAGCUAGAAGAUGAAAUUCGAGUAACGGUUCAUAUUGCAGAGAUUAUCUGCCGACAACGGUAUAUCAUGCAGUUGUGCCGAGCGCUGAUGUCCUUCGGAGCUCCAACCCAUCGGCUGGAAGAGUAUAUGCAGAUGACGGCAAAAGUGCUUGAGGUCGAUGCCCAGUUCUUGUACCUGCCAGGCUGUAUGAUCAUGGCGUUUGAUGACCCCUCGACACGAACCACGGAAUUCAAACUCGUUCGAGUGGCACAGGGUGUUGAUCUUGCUCGACUCUCCGAUACACAUCUAAUCUACAAAAAUGUGAUCCACGAUGUCAUCGGUAUUGAGGAAGCAGUGCAAGAAUUGGACGAAGUGGUGAACUCCAAUCCACGCUAUCCCAAGUGGUUGGUAGUUUUGGUAUACGGGCUGGCAACUGCAACAGUCGGUCCUUUCGCCUUCAACGCCCGACCGAUCGACAUGCCCAUCAUUUUUCUCAAUGGUCUUUGUGUUGGAGCUAUGCAACAUCUCGCAGCACCCCGCUCUGUGCUAUAUUCCAAUAUUUUCGAGGUAACAUCGACCGUGGUGACCUCCUUCCUGGCUCGCGCCUUUGGAAGUAUUACGCUCACUGUAGUCGAUGGGAAAAAAGAGUAUCUAUUUUGCUUUUCAGCCAUAGCCCAGUCCUCGAUUGCACUGAUUCUACCCGGAUUCCUUGUACUAUGUAGCAGUUUGGAACUGCAGUCUCAUCAAAUCAUCGCCGGUUCAAUUCGAAUGGUCUACGCUAUCAUCUUCUCCCUCUUUAUUGGCUAUGGAAUUACAGUCGGUACUACAAUUUACGGCCUGAUUGAUCAAAAAGCCGUGUCAGAUCUCCAGUGUCCCAAGAAAGGUGCUUUCAAAAGCCCCUAUGUCCAGCGCUUCCCUUUCGUCUUCGUUAUGACCUUCUGGCUCUUGAUCAUUAACCAAGGUAAAUGGAAGCAACUUCCGCCAAUGACAUUCAUCGCCAUGUGUGGAUAUAUUUCCAACUACUUCAGCACGUUACGUCUCGGUUCCAAUUCUCAGGUCGCCAAUACGGUCGGCGCAUUCUGCAUUGGCAUCCUGGGUAACCUGUACAGCCGCCUGUGGCACGGCCAUGCUGCGACUGCUAUUCUGCCCGGGGUGUUUAUAUUAGUGCCAUCAGGCCUCGCUGCGACGGGCUCGUUGAUCUCAGGGGUCCAGUCAGCGGAUGCGAUUCGCCAGAACAUCUCUUCUCAUCACCAACCUAGCUCCGCGCCGGGAGCUGGGCUUUCCGGAAACUCAGUAUUUAGUCUGGGAUUUGGCAUGAUCCAGGUGGCUAUAGGCAUCACUAUUGGACUUUUCAUUUCGGCCCUGGUGGUCUACCCGUACGGUAAGCGUCGGAGUGGACUUUUCAGCUUCUGA